AGAUGGCCGGCCGACACAGCAGAUGCAGAUCGCUCGCCACGCGUCUCCACCGUCGGCAAACCUUCCCCCACCGACGGACGCGGCGACCCACGUCACCUUCCGCCGGCCUUCUUCUCCUUUCCACCCGCGUCUUCUCCGCCACUCCGCUCUUCUCCGUAUAAAGGAAGGCCGAAGGCCCGCUUCCAUUCUCGAAGCCGCUGCGGCACGCGUCCUGCUUCUGAUUUGCUUUGCCUCCCAGAUCUUGCAGACUAGCUGGGGGGCAGCCCAGCCGAGCCGAGCUGAUCUCCCACCCCGCAACACCCCGGCCGUCGGCGGAUCGUUCGUUCUGCGUCUACUACUUGAUCUUUGAACAAGCUAAAGACGCCGAAGCGUCGCCACCAGCAAGGGCGGCUUGAUCGUAUUCAAGAUGGGGAAGGACAAAGAAGCUACCAAGCUUAAGGAGGAGGAGAAGAAGUCCAAGGAUGAGGUCCAUCUCAAGAUCAAGAGCAAGGACAAGUCGACCGCCGAGGAGGACGACAAGAAGGAGAUUGAGAUAGAGAUUGAGGCCAAGUUUGUUGAGAAGGAAGAGGUCAAAGACUCUGGUGACAGUGCAGGGUCUGCAGGAGGAAAGGGUAAAGAGGGGAAGAAAGACAAAGAGAAGAAGAAGGAGAAGUCGGAGAAUCAUGAAGAUGACGAAGAUGAUGAGAAGGUGAUCAAGAAGAAGGACAAAAAGGAGAAAGACAAGAAAACGAAGGAAGAUGGCGAAGAUUCAGAAAAGGCAGACAAAGACAAGAAGGAUAAGAAGGCUAAAGAGAAGGAUGGAUCAAAGUCGAAGGAUUCAAGUGGCGAGAAACAAGAGAAAAUGAAAGAUGAGAAAAAGAAGGAAGGUGACAAAGAUGUAGGGGAGGAGGAGAAACACAAGAAGAGAGAAAACAAAGAUAAAGAUAAGAAGGAUAAAAAGGACAAAGAAAAGGAUGGAUCUGAACCAAAGGGUUCAAGUGAUGAAAAACAAGAGAAAGGUAAAGAUAAGAAAAAGAAAGACAAGAAGAGCGAAGAGAUGGAACAGAAGGAGGACCAUCUAGAGAAUAAGAAUGAUAAGGCCGCACAGAAGGAUGUCCACAUGAACAAAGAGUUGGCGGGAGCUGCGGACUCGGGCACCCGCGAAAUCAAGCUAACUGACACUGAACCACAGGAGAAAGAAAUUGAUAGUGAAGAUUCAGAAGGCAAGAAGAAGAACAUAGAGAAGGACAAGGACGAAACGAAGAAGAGGAAGAAGGAUGAUGGUGAGGACGAUGAAGGCGAGAAGAAAGACAAAGAAAAGAAAGAGAAGAAGAAGGACAAGGGUGACAAGAAGGGAGAUGGUAAGAAGAAAGAGGGUGAUGGCGAUGGCGAUGAAGGCAAAGAAGGUAAGAAGAAAGACAAGGAGAAGAAAGAGAAGACGAAAGACAAGGGUGCGAAGGAGAAGACGACCGAUCCGGUGAAGCUGAAAGCGAAACUGGAGAAGGUGGAUGCCAAAUUGCAAGACCUACAAGCUAAGAGAGAAGAUAUCCUGAGGCAGCUGAAAGAGCUGGAAGGCGGCGGCAAGGGAAAGACGAAUGGAGAGAAGCCUCCUGCACAGGUACAGGAGGACAAAGGGAAGGACUCUGGAGAGGUGCCUGCACAGAUACUGGAACAGGGUGGAGAGAGCAAGGUCAAGGAACAGAAUCCUGUUGCCGCAGCCUGAUCUUGUGGAGCUCCUGUGGCGGUUGAUGUAACAAUAACUCUGAUCUGGUUCUGUACACAUGCAUUAUACACUGUGUAUAGGAAUGUACAUUUUGAGCUGAGUUGUAAAAUGGUACACAUGGCAUGCACUAUCAGGAUCUAUGUCUCUCUUACUAUCCAGUGAACGGAACAUAUAUAGCCGAGUGGAAUGCGUCCUUUUCCUGAUACAUAACACUGUAAUACUUUGCUUUGUGAAUAAAAGGAAUACGUGGAAAUGUUGUUGCUGUUGUCA